GUCCAUCACAACACAUUAUUGUCAAAAAGAUAUUCUCCACCAGCUGUGACUCAGUAUCACCAGUUUACUUCGAACAGACAAACAGAGUCAGAAAAGACUGUAAACAACUGACACUGAGGUGACAGGCAGAAGACCUCAACCACAGAUCAUAAUGGAAACAACAGCCUCCCUGUUCAAGUCAGUCUCUCGGCGGGUAUGGUCGCCCCUUCAGCGUCCAUUCAGAGUGUGUUCCUGGAACAGAGCCGUCAAAAAAGGAGUCACUGCUGGAACUCUAGAGGAGCUCAAAGAGAAGGCAGCCCAGGCUCUCUUGAUAUCUACUGUGCUGACUUUGGUGUGUGAAGAGGAUGGGACAGAGGUUGACACAGAAGAGUUCUUCUUAGCUCUGCCGGACAACACUGUUUUCAUGGCCCUGACACCUGGAGAGACCUGGAAACCUCAUCCUUUACGUCAAAGGGGUGGAAACACACCAGGUGAGAGUAAACCAAGGACAGGAAAAGACAUUGCUCAAAUCACCUUUGAUCUUUACCGUACUCACCCCAAAGAUGUAUUCGGCUCACUAAAUGUCAAAGCCACAUUCCAAGGGCUCUACUCUGUCAGUGCAGAUUUUCAAUGCUUGGGGCCAAAGAAAGUCCUGAGGGAGGCCCUCAGAGUCAUGUCCACUCUACUCCAUGCUGCUGGACACUUAUUGAUCUCAUCUGCUGCUGUAAUUCGCCGUAUUAUCCAUGGGGCAGAUCUUCUUCAAGCCCAGCAUGGCAAACCUAUAGAGUAUUGGGAAUAACUGGAGUAUAAGGAAUAACUAGAGAAAUAGGACAUGAAUCCGAGAUCACAAAAAAUUUAACUGAGGGAUGCUUUUUCUAAAAUGUUUCCUAGAUAGGUUUAUAUGGUAACACUAAGGUUCAUGUUAUUAGGUAUAAUGAAUGAACAACAAUUAAUCUAGGCAAAUGUUAAUUUACACACCACACUUCAAAUGUUUGGGUUCAAUGUAAUUUAUUCCACUGAUGGUAAAGCUGAAUUUUUAGCAGCCAUACUUCAGUCUCGUACAUUACAAAUCAUUUUUAGAAAUCAUUCUAAUAUGCUGAUUUGGUGCUCAAGAAAGAUUUCUUGUUAUUAUCAACGUUAAAACGUUUGUGGGAAUCAUGAAUAGAAAGUUCAAAAGAACAGCAUUUAUUUGUUGAUACCUAAUGCAUUAAAUUAUGUUAAUGGACUUUAUUGUAAAUUGUGAAGUUAUACUUUGCUGGUUUAAUGGAAGAUUGCUCCAGGAAAAUGCUUGUUUCUAUGAAAACUGCCCUUAAGGAGUGAUUU